GUUAGUCCAAGUCACGUGAUCGUCGACUCAGCUGACCCUGCGGACCGGAAAAAGAAAUUCCGGGGUCCUGGUUUCUUGGCGCGAUGAGGUUCCGGUUCUGUGGUGAUCUGGACUGUCCCGACUGGGUCUUGGCAGAAAUCAGCACGCUGGCCAAGAUGUCCUCUGUGAAGUUGCGGCUGCUCUGCAGCCAGGUACUAAAGGAGCUGCUGGGACAGGGAAUUGAUUAUGAGAAGAUCCUGAAGCUCACGGCUGACGCCAAGUUUGAGUCAGGUGAUGUGAAGGCCACAGUGGCAGUGCUGAGUUUCAUCCUCUCCAGUGCGGCCAAGCACAGUGUCGAUGGCGAAUCCUUGUCCAGUGAACUGCAGCAGCUGGGGCUGCCCAAAGAGCACGCGGCCAGCCUGUGCCGCUGUUAUGAGGAGAAGCAAAGCCCCUUGCAGAAGCACUUGCGGAUCUGCAGCCUACGCAUGAAUAGGUUGGCAGGUGUGGGCUGGCGGGUGGACUACACCCUGAGCUCCAGCCUGCUGCGGUCCGUGGAAGAGCCCAUGGUGCACCUGCGGCUGGAGGUGGCAGCUGCCCCAGGGACCCCAGCCCAGCCUGUUGCCAUGUCCCUCUCAGCAGACAAGUUCCAGGUCCUCCUCGCAGAGACAAGGUUUCUUCAUGUUGGUCAGGCUAGUCUCGAACUCCUGACCUCAGGUGAUCCACCCACCUUGCCCUCCCAAAGUGCUGGGAUUACAGGCGUAAGCCACUGCGCCCAGCCACUGCCAUCUUUACGAAGAGAGAAGUGACCAUGCCUGAAUCAGUCAUUGGCAAGAGGAACGGUGUUAUGGACUGAAUGUUCAUGUUCCUCCAGAAUUCAUAUGCCUCUGUCCACAUGUGCACACCAGAUGAGGGCCAUGUGAGCACACGAGGUGGCUGUCUACAAGGCCAGGAAGAGGGCUGUCAACAGGAACUGCGUCUGCUGACACCUUGAUCUUGAACUUCCCAGCCUCCACAACUGUGAGAAAGAAAUCUCUAUGGUGUAAGCCACUGGCCUGUGACAUUGUUAUAGCAGCUCGAGAAGACUAAGGCAGAUGGGCUCCCAGGACUGGCGCAGACCAGCCAGGGCUCCUUGUAGAAAAGGCUGAUGCCAGAGUACAUGGAGGGUACAAGGAGGACUCACCUGGAAUAUCUUUUGGUGUAAGGAACCUAUCAAAGAAUAAUGGCUUGUUCCAUUGGCCAAAGAUGGGACAAUUUGAACAUCAAGAGAUAAGUACUGACUCCACUCCUGACUUCUGCUUCUGGAAAAAUGAAGUAGGUGUUCUCCCUAUUCCUCCCACUAAGUACAGUUAACAACCCUGGAUGUUACAUAUAAAACAAACAAAAAGACUGAGCGAUGGAGAGAAGGCAGCCUAGCCUGGCUGGGAUCCUCAGGACCUGAGGCUCCACACAGCAGAGAAAGUCCUGGAAUCUGGACCCCAUGGGCCAGUCAGGUUGACACAAAACUGAUCAUCACAGAUCUGUAGAACUAUACAAAAGUGCUGACAUCCAUGAUUAGAGUCUCAGAAGGUAAGGAGGAAGAGAGUGGAAUGGAAAAAGUAUUCAAAAAAAUAAUCACUAAAGGCCUGGUGCAGUGGCUCAUGCCUGUAAUCCCAGCACUUUGAGAGGCAGGACGAUUGCUUUAGACCUUGCAACUGGCCUGAGCAACACAGGGAGACUCAGUCUCUACAAAAAAAUUAAAAAUUAGCCGAUCAUGGCGGUGCGUGCUUAUAGUCUCAGCUACUCAGAAGGCUGAGGCAGGAGGAUCAAUCGCUUGAGCCCAGGGGUUUGAGGCUGCAGUGAGCUGUGAUCAUACCUCUGCACUCCAGCCUGGGUAACAGAGCUGAGACCCUGUCUCAAAAAAAGAAAAAAAAAAUGUAUAUAUACACAUUGGAAUAUUUUUCAGCCCUUAAAAAGCAGAAGGUUCUGUCAUUUGUGACUUGGAUGAACCUAGACGACAUGAUGCUAAGUGAAAUAAGCCAGGCACAGAGAGACAAAUACCGCAUCACCUCACGCCUGGAGUUGAAAAAAAGGCCUGGGGCAGUGGCUCACGCCUGUAAUCCCAGCACUUUGGGAAGCCAAGGUGGGAGGAUCGCUUAAGCCCAGGAGUUCGAGACCAGGCUGGGCAACAUGGCAAACCUGUCUCUACAAAAAGUAAAAAAAAUUAGCCGGGUGCAGUGGCACAUGCCUGUAGUUCCAGCUACUCGGGAGGUUGAGGUGGGAGGAUUGCUUGAGCCAGGGAGGUCAAGGCUGCAGUGAACCCUGCACUCCAGCCUGGGUGACAGAGUGAGACCCUGUCUCAAAGAAAAAGAAAAAAAAAGUUAAAUUCAUAGAAGUCGACAGUAGAAUGGUGGUUAGCAGAGGCUGGAGGAGAGAGAGGGUGGGUUGUGGGGGAAAGGGGAGACACUGGUCAAAAGGUACAAAGUUCUAGUUAGGAGGAGUAAAUUCUGGUGAUUUAUUGCAUAGCGUAGUGACCAGUUAAUAAUGAUGUAUACUUCAAAAUAGCUAAAAGAUGGUUUUAAAUGUUCUCAUCACAAAGAAAUAAAUAUUUGAGGUAAUGGAUAUCCUAAUUAGCCUGAUUUGAUUUUUUUUGUGUUUUUUUGUUUUUUCUUGAGAUGGAGUCUCACUCUGUUGCCUAGGCUGGAGUGCAGUGGUGUGAUCUUGGCUCACUGCAACCUCUGCCUCCAGAGUUCAAGUGAUUCUUCUGCCUCAGCCUCUGUAGUAGCUGGGACUACAGGCGUGCACCACCACCCCUGGCUAAUUUUUUGUAUCUUUUUGUAGAGACAGGGUUUCACUAUGUUGGCCAGGCUGGUUUUAAACUUCUGACCUCAGGUGAUCCGUCUGCCUCGGCCUCCCACAGUGCUGGGAUUACAGGCAUGAGCCACCAUGCCCAGCCAAUUUGAUCAUUCCACAAUAUAUACAUGUAACAAAACAUCACACUGUACCCCACAAAUGUAAACAAUUAUUAUUUGUCAAUUAAAAAUAAAACUAUAGAUAAGUCAAACUGGUAUUCUAAAAAAUGUUCAACUAGCCACAGUUGGGCAAGAAGAAACAAAAAUUAAAACUGGGAAUAAAGUGAUAAAAAAAAUCACAAGGAGACUAUCCUUGGCAACAUGGCAAAACCCCAUCUCUACAAAAAAAAAUACAAAAAUUAGUCAGGUGUGGUGGUAUGCACCAUUGUCCCAGCUACUCAGGAGGCUGACGUUGGAGGAUCACCUGAGCCCAGGAGUUCGAGGUUGCAGUGAACCAUGAUCAUACCACUGCACUCCAGCCUUGAGUGACAGAGUGAGAUCCUGUCUCAAAAAAAAUAAAAAAGAGGUUAUCCUGUCUUUUUAGUCAAGAUAACCAAAUAGCCCUGGUCAAUGAGGUAAAGCUAUACUUGACAGAUGGAUUCUAUCAAAUAUAUUAAGAAUGACAAUUAGAAAAUCACUUUGAGGCUGGACACAGUGGCUCACACCUGUAAUCCCAGUACUCUGGGAGGCCAAGGCGGGUGGAUCGCUUGAGGUCAGGAGUUCGAGACUAGUCUUGGCAACGUGGUAAAACCCUGUCUCUACUAAAAGUACAAAAAAUUAGGCGUGGUGGCCCCCGCCUGUAAUCCCAGCUACUGGGAGGUCGAGGCUGCAGUGAGCCAAGAUUGCGCCAUC